UUCAUUUCAUUUCCUCUUUAACUUUUCUGAGUUAGUCAAGAUCGCCACCGUGUCAUGGCUUUAUCAAGGAACAAUCUCCUCUUGUUAUAAUUGAUUGAAUUGAAAGUUCGAACUACCGUUCUGAAGAAGAAAAUGCGUUUGGAAGACUCCAUAAUAUUUUCUUCUACCAGUUUAAUGAGCUUCAACUCCAUCACCAAAUUCUUGCAAACUUGUUCCCAAAUAAAGAGUCUAAUAGCCACCAAAAUCCUUCAUGCUGCCUUACUUAGAAAAGGCUUGUUUUUUGUUUCUCCCAAUAUCCACAGCGAACUCAUUUUCACAUAUGCCGCAUGCCUGGAAAGCAAAACCAUCAUUAAAAUCUUAACCAAUUACUUCAAAUCCAUAAAUCCCCCAAACCCAUUGCCCUUUAAUGUAAUAAUAUCUGAUUUUUCAAAAAAUGGGUUUUCGUUUUUUGCACUAAAAACCUUUUCUUUUAUGCACUUUAAUGGCAUUUCUUUGGAUACUUAUGCUUUGUGUAGUUCCAUAUCAGCGUCAUCUUCAUUGAAGAAAGCUGAAUUUGGUAAACAAAUUCAUUGUCACGUGACGAAAUCAGGUUGGACGUCGAGUGUCUUUGUAGGCAGUGCUCUAGUUGAUUUAUAUGCAAAAUCGUCACUCAUCGCCGAUGCAGCUGUGAUGUUCGAUGAAAUUCCUUUUAAGAACUCCGUUUGUGCGAAUGCGCUUUUAUCAGGAUUUUGUGAGGCUAAGUUGUGGAUUCAGGGACUUGUACUUGUUAGGAAGAUGCCUGGAUUGAAUUUGGAUUAUGACCAUUUUACUUCAUCGGCUAUGUUACGUGCAUGUGCAGGGCUUUCGGCUAUUGAAUUGGGGAGGCAAGUGCAUGGAUAUUUAUUCCGUAAAUUUUAUAAUUUGGUGGAGGAUGUAUUUCUGCAAAGUUCAUUGAUUGAAAUGUAUGGAAAAUGUGGGUUGGUGAUGAAAGCUUUCCAAGUUUUCAGUUUGGCAGGGCUGAGAUUGGGGAGGGAGAAAAGAAGGGAUGUUGUUCUUUGGACUUCAAUGCUUGGUGUGUAUGGAAGAAAUGGACACUAUGAAGAUUUGAUUUUGCUAUUUAAAGAGAUGUUGAGGGAGGGUAUUAAGCCAGAUGAGGUGGCAUUUGUAACAGUCAUCUCAGCCUGUGGUCACACUGGUCAAAUAAGACUAGGCCUUGAGUAUUUUGAUAGCAUGACUCACGUUUACAAGUUGAUUCCUGGUCCGGAGCACUACAGUUGUGUGGUUGAUCUACUAUGUAGGGCUGGUGAGCUAGAGAAGGCAAUGAAGGUGGUCAAUGAGAUGAUGCUUCAGAAAGGCCACAACAACGGCAGUGUUUCCUUGUGGGUGGCUUUACUUAGUGCUUGCAGUGAUCAUGAAAAUGUUGAGUUGGGUAAAUUUGCUGCUCAAAAGGCACUCGAGUUGGAUCCUCAGAAUGUUGGAGUUUAUGUUAAGCUAUCAAAUUUAUACGCUAGGUUAAGAAUGUGGGAUGAGAUUGGUCAGUUAAGGGAGACAAUGAAGCAGAGAGGAUUAAAGAAAGAUACCGCAUUUAGUUGGGUAGAAGUCAGUGGUUGAUAGAGCAGGUAUCAGUCAUGAAGGAGACAUGUAGGAUGUAAAUGGUUUCAUUUGAAUGAACAUAUGGGAUUCUGAAGCAUGCAGUUUAGAAGGGUGAAUACGUUGAUAACUUCAUGUCACCACAUGCUUUGGAGGAAACUGCAGCAUCUUCAUUUUGGCUGCUUUUAUGGAGCUUGCAAGGAUUGUGUUGUAUAAAUUAUGUUAAGUGCACAUCAUUUUCACGUUAGAAUUCCAAAGCUUUAACCUUAUGAACACGGCCAAGAUUUCAUUGGCAUAAAAGUUUGGAAUUAAAUU